AUGGCCCGUUAUUACUAUGCUGUACAGCGGGGUCGCUCAACAGGAGUUUUCAAUUCCUGGGAUGAAUGUAAAGCCGAAGUUAAUGGUUAUCCAGGCGCAAGAUACAAGAAAUUCAAUACUUAUGAUGAGGCUCGGGGGUUUGCAGGAGGUUCAGGUGGUCCACCGCAUCGUAUUCAUGGUAGUUCAUUCCGCAGACCAGUACAAUACGAGAGGGACAGUUGCGAUUCUAGUUAUAGGAGCUCAUCGUCAUUUGGAGAUAGAGACAACAGCUAUAAAAGGACGAAUUACGGCUGGGACGAGAGGCGAGACAGAACCGGAUCUGGACGAAGAUAUUACGGUGUGAGGAGCUCCAAUCCGAGCGUUAGAAGCGAAAUAUUUGAUUCCUGGGAGGAUUGUAAAAACUUCGUUCGCGGCAGAAGUGGUCUUUCUUAUCAAAAGUUCGACACUAAAGCCGACGCCGAGGCCUUUGUCGACGGAUUGGUCAAGGACGAUGGAAGAUUUGUCGGUAUGUCGGACCAAGAUUUCAGGGAAACUUAUGGGACCAAGGAUUGGCAUCGAAACGAACUUGAGAACCGCAACGUUUACUGCGAUGGAUCUGCAUUUGGCAAUGGAACCAAUUCCUCUAAAGCUGGAUAUGGUGUCUAUUUCGAAGGCAGUGAGCACGAAAACAUAUCUGAGCCCUUGAGAAGUGGGGCUCCUACAAAUAAUAGAGCAGAAAUUCAGGCGGUUUCGCAUGCACUUGACCAAAUAUGGCAGAACUUGUCUGAAAAGGACCAAUGUGUCAAAUAUCAAAUCAAAACAGACUCUGAGUACGUUGCCAAACUGUUGAAUGACCGUUACGCAGGCUACGAUGAGCAGAAACUGGCUUCUCUUCCGAACAGUGACUUGAUUGUACCGCUUGUCAAGAAGUUUUCCAAAGUCAAGAAAUUUUACGAUGUUAACGGUCGCGAACAAGACGGCAGUAACAAAUUCAAAGUCGAUUGGGUUCGUGGUCAUGCUGGCGACGAGGGUAAUGAAAGAGCAGAUGCCCUUGCCAAGAUGGGAGCCUCUAGGUAUUGA